AUGAGAGGCCUUUCUGUUCUACUUGUUGCCAUUUUCGCCACUGCCGUCGUCGGAAUCAGCAUUAACGCCAAUGUCGUUUCUUCGGAAUUGGCGUCGAUUGAGUGUGAUUUGUGCGAAAUGGCAGUCAGAACAGUGGUACCAAUGAUGGAUCAGGACACGAAAGAUAUAGAAAACGCUGUAAACAAGGAGUGCAAGGAACUUCUGCACAAAAUCCCCUUCGCCACUCAAAAAUGCCAGAAAUUCGUCGACGAAGAUCUGAACAAAAUCAUCAAGGAACUCGAGUCUGGCACCGCUCCAAAAGACGUUUGCAAGAAGCUCGAUAUGUGUUAA